AUGAAGGCCUCUACCGUUGCCGGCGCUCUCGCCUUUGCCGUUUCUGCCGCCGCCGCUCCCAGCAAGUGCGCUUGCCCGACCAACUCCGCCCAGCCUGACGGCACCCUUGGCAGCUCCUACGUGUCCACCAGCCUUCUGGUGCCUAUUGCCAAGAGCAAGCCCAACUAUGCCUUUCCGGCGACCAAGUUGGCCAAGGUAACGCCCAACGACGUCUGCACCAUCUUCAACCUCGACCUGCCCGUCGCCCAGACCCAGGGCAAGGUCUGCAACCUCGUCUUUGACUUCCCCUCCAAGGAGUCCGCUCUCGGCAAGUUCGAGUUCAAGGGCAAGGGCACUUUCAACUUCACCGGCUACGCCAUCGGCGCCGGCGCCGUCGCCGGCCAGACGACCUACAACAAACAGCCCGCUCCCGGCCCGAGCCCCCCGAACCCGCCUCCCAUCAUGACCCCGGGCCACAGCUACAUCAUUAACAGCGCCCCAUGCGGCAUCCCGGCCGACGUUCCCGGCAGCGUAACCGUGUCCGGCAGCCUCUGCUCCCCUGACACCAACUUCGUCUUCGAGGAGAACACCAAGGGCUGCCCUCUUGGCUUUUUCGUUGUCCUGACGGACAUUUGA